AUGUACAGCUUUAUGGGCGGAGGGUUGUUCUGUGCAGGCGUGGGGAACAUCCUCCUGAUUGUUUCCACAGCAACCGAUUACUGGAUGCAGUAUCGGCAGUCCAGCAACUACAUGCACCAGGGCCUGUGGCGCUACUGCAGUCCGGGGAAAUGCUUCCCACACAGCGACAGCAUGGCCCACUUAGACGCCACCCGUGCCCUCAUGAUCCUUUCUCUUUUGGCCUGUUUCAUCGGCAUCAUCAUCGGCAUCAUGGCCUUCAUCCAUUACUCCUCCUUCGACAGGUUCGACAAAACCUUUGCAGCAGGCAUAUUGUUUUUCAUCUCAUGCUUUUUUGUGUUUCUAGCGAUGGCAGUGUACACCGGUGUGACCAUUAACUACUACGGUAAACGCUACGGAAACUGGAGGUUCUCCUGGUCCUAUAUCAUUGGCUGGGUGUCAGUGGUGCUCACAUUCUUUUCAGGUGUGUUCUAUAUGUGUGCCUAUCGGAUGCAUGAAUGCCCCAGGAGCGCUACCUCUCAUUAA